AUGCUUGUAAGUGAGAAUGAGAGCAAAACGAUUCUGGAUGCAUUUUUCUUGGGGAAAGCUGUGGGAGAAGCCGUUAGCGAGCGCAUAGAAUCAGCUGUGGGCGAGUUUCUGAGCACGAUUGGGAGAUUGCAAGCUGAGCAACAAAAGCAAGUACAAGAAUUUCAGGAGGAGGUGCUGGAAAAGGCUAGACGAGCCAAGGAGCAAGCUGCAAAGGAAGCCAUGGAGUCACAGGGGCAAAUAAUUGCAAAGUCUCCAGCUGCAGAUAAAGUAUCAACAGUUAACGGUGUUCCUAUAAACGCAUCCGCUGUUUCUGGUUCAGUGACCUCAAUCGACUCAUCCUUGGAAUCAGAACCUUCUACUGAAGACCCUCAGAAUUUUAAUUGA